AUGGCGUUCCCACUAUUAUGCUUGAGAUCACCGUUUCUCAAGAUACGUGGAUUUGGCAUGCUUUUUGGUGCUCCCAGUUCAAACAACGACAUAAACGUGUUGAACCAAUCCGACUUGUAUCUCACGGAGCGAAAUGGCACGGCCCCGGAUACUUCAUUCGCCGUGAAUGGUCGAGAGUACAAACGCGGUUAUUAUCUAACUGACGGCAUCUACAGCAAGUACUCGGCGUUUAUAAAAGCAUACCCGUAUCCUACUGACCCAAAGGAGAAAAGAUUCAAGAAGUUACAAAAGGGGGUGAGGAAAGAUGUGGAGCGUGCUUUUGGGAUUCUAAAAGGGAAAUGGAAAAUUCUUAGGCGUCCUCUUCGACCCAUGAUCAAAGACAAGAUCGGGCAGUAUGUUUACGCGGCUUGUAUUUUGCACAACAUGGUCAUAAAAGGCGAUGGCAGAGCAAUCUCACCGGUUUACAUAAUGGGUCUGCCGGUCCAACCAGUGUUCGACGAUAGUGUCUUAGGUGAGCUACUAAACGAAGACAUCCAUCAUCGUCUUCGUUACGACCUCACCAAACAUGUGUGA